UUUCAUUUUGCCAGACGUGGCCAGGCUCUCACAGAGGCCUCAUCGAGCCAGGAAACCAUUGAUGGCUACGAUCCGGGACUGAUGAGUGGCAGGACACUGCUGACGGCGGAAGAAGAGAAGAAGCUGCUACGCAAGAUUGACUGGCGGUUGAUGACGCUUUGUUCACUCAUCUUCAUGUUCAAAAAUCUGGACAGCACCAACACAUCCAAUGCUCGAAUCAUGAACAAGGGAACGAAUCAGAACAUCAUGACGCAGCUCGGGAUGACAUCCGACGAGUACAAUCUCGUGACUGUCCUGUACUAUGUCCCAUACAUUGUGUUAGAAGCUCCCUCGAAUCUGCUGCUCAAGAGAUUCUCUCCUUCAAAAUGGCAGUCAAGAAUUAUGAUCACCUGGGGUAUCGUUCUGAUGUGCAAUACUGCCGUGAAGAAUAAAGGCGGCUUAUAUGCAACACGGUUCCUACUGGGUCUGGCCGAGGCUGGACAGUUCCCCGGCGUCAUUCUCCAGAUGACUUACUGGUAUCGCCCCGACGAAAUGUCCUUACGACUUCUCUACUUUUAUUUUUGCGGAAACAUCUCGGGUAUAUUCGGUGGGUUACUUGCCUAUGCGUUCGACACUGUAUCUGGCGCAGGAGGGCUUUCCGGAUGGCAAUGGUUGUUCCUCACCGAAGGUAUUGCGACCGUCAUUUUCGGUGUUGCUAUUUGGUUCCUGCUUCCAGAUUUUCCCGAGACAGCAAAGUGGCUGACCGAGAAGGAGAAGAAGUUUAUACAAGCUCGACUACCAUCUAACUCUCCUCGUGCCAACGAGCAAAGCUUUAACUUCCGUGAAAUUAUUGCGUCGCUAAAAGAUCUAAGACUAUGGCUAUUUACGUUGAUUUGGGCUACCUUUACUGUUGGAACCAGCGGUGUCACUUUCUAUCAAUCAACCGUCAUUGCUGACCUCGGUUACACAACCAUUGCACAAGCCCAACUACUCAAUCUCCCUAUUACGGCCUGCGGUCUCUUGUUCAUUGCCGUUACAGGGGUCUUAGCUGACCGCAGCCGGAUACCACGACCGCUGUACCCGCUUUUUUGCCAUCUCGUUAUCAUAGUCUGUUACGGCGUCUUUGUUGCCUAUCCGAGCACCGGUGCGGUAUAUGCCGUAACGUUGAUCGGAAAUGCCGUGACGACAGGGUGGUACCCCGUCAUGUGGCCAUGGCGAGUACAAACCACCGCCCGUGCGACAGGCUCCGCCUUCUCGAUCGGCUUCGUGAACAGCUACGGCCAAAUUGGGGGUGCCAUCGGCCCGCAGAUAUUCAAGAGCAUGUACGCACCA